UUCAUACAAUCACCGGCGCUUCUUAUUGUCUUUGUUCCCCUCUCAUUUUUCCUAUUGUCUUCCCUUUUCUGCAUGCACCUGCACACACAAUCGCACAACAUCUAGACACCAUGGAAUCAUAGAAGGCUAGAUCAGGCACCCAUAUUGACGGCCAUUGUUUUCCUUUGUAUUCUUUUCUAUGUCUGAACUUCUCACCUAAUAUUAUUUUCCCUGCGUCGCACUUGGCCGCCGCCCUCUUCACCAUUUACUCUUCUUUUUCAUUCGGAUACUCUCAGCACGCCCUUAGACGUCACUUACCAACACAGACAGACUCAAGAUGUUAUUCUCACGAAAAAACGAAGACUCGACGGUCUACCCGGCCGUCCCCGACUCCCUCCGGACAGACUCAUUCGAGAUGACCGAGAUGCGCAAAACACAGGAGGCUCGCGCUGACACUGCGCCAACCUUCACACCUUACCUCAGCCUCCGCUCAAGGCUCUCCCAGAUAUGGAUAAACCGCUGGACCGUCCUUCUCAUCCUUGUACUUAUCCGACUUAUGUUACUGGUCGCUGACCUCAACGACAACGUUGGUGACGCCAAGACCAAGGCCCUUUCGGCUUGCACCAAAGUUGAAGACAUCGGCAGUACUAUGGCUUCCAUGCCCCACUACCUGUCGGUGGGAGUCAAUGAUAUGGCGGCUUCGGGAAUCGAAAAGUCCGUCGAAGCCAUGGUGUUCAUGCUGGGCCUGAUCAUCACGGGCGUGGAAUCGAUGAUCAUCUUCUACAUCAACUUCCUCACGGCUACAUAUACUUGCCUCAUCACAGCAAUGAUCCAUGGCAGUCUUGAUGUCGUCGCCGAUGUCACCUCAGAUGCCACGAGUGCCUUCAACGAGGUGAUCGGAAAAGUCGUCAAGGAGAUCAAGGACAUUGCUGGUACCUUGGAAGACGGAAUCAACAAGGUCGCAAAGGACAUCGAAGACUCUGUUUUCGGUGAUUUGAUUCCCGAUAUCCCCGAGGUGAACUUUACCGCCCCCAUCCAGGACCUCCAGGACUUUAAGCUGGACGCAAAGGACUUUGUCAAGGACGUCCGACAGCUCGACGAAGACCUUCCAACGUUCGAAGAAGUCCAGAACCUGACAAAGCAGGCCAUCUCCAUUCCGUUCGACUUGGUUCGCAAUCUUCUCAACGAAAGCUACGGAAGCUACAAGUUUGACCGGAACAGCUUUCCCCUAGCUCAAAAGCAGGAGCUGUCGUUUUGCUCCGAUAACAGCACCAUCAACGACUUCUUCACCAAGCUGUUUGACCUCAUUCAGAAGGCCAAGACCAUUUUCCUUGUCGUCCUCAUCAUCCUGGCGGUUUUGGUCAUCGUCCCCAUGGCUUGGCUCGAGAUUAUGCGCUGGAGACGCGAGCAGCGUCAUGCUAAGCUCAUUUCCAAGAACGCUUACGACCCUAUGGAUGUGGUGUACAUCGCAUCGCGCCCGAUGACUGCUACCUAUGGCAUUAAAAUUGCCUCACGAUUCAAAGGCAAGCGACAGAUUCUCGUUCGUUGGUGCAUUGCCUACGCUACGUCUCCUAUGGCUCUGUUCGUCCUGUCUCUCGCACUGGCUGGGUUCUUCUCCUGCUUUUGCCAGUGGCUUCUCAUCAAGGCGGUAAAUGACGAGGUCCCAGCUCUGGCUGCGGAGGUCGGAAACUUUGCCGAUGACGUUGUCAAGACCUUGGAGAACGUCUCAGACAAUUGGGCCACAGAUGCCAACUCUGUGGUCAAGGGACUGAACGACGAAAUCAACAACGACGUUCUUGGCUACGUUACCAACGCAACAGAUGCCGUCAACGACACCCUGACAACAUUCCUCGAUACCAUGGACGACGGCCUCAAGACUGUCUUCAAUGGUACUAUCCUCUUGGAUCCGAUCAAGACAGUCUUGCACUGUGUUAUCGGUAUCAAGAUCGAGAGUGUGCAGAAGGGUCUGACGUGGGUACACGACAAUGCUAAUGUCAACUUCCCACUCUUCGCCAACGACACAUUCAGUCUGGGAGCCAAGGACUCAGUUGAGGGCGACUCGGGCCUCAACACAUUUUUGGCGUCCCCGUCGUCUGUCACUACUGAUGAAGUCACGGGAGCCGUCAAGUCUGUUACCGACUGGCUUCACAACCACUUGGUCAAGGAAGCGUUGAUAUCCACCGGCCUGAUCCUCCUUUACUUCAUCGUCAUACUAUUGGGGGUCGUCCGAACACUGGCCGGCAUGGCAACUCCCGACCGCGGUAGAGCCGAGGGCGGUAUGCGGUACACUGGAGACGAGCGGCCCGCCAUGACUCCUCGCAUGGGGCAUGAGGGACACGAUGCGGGCCAAGGCACGACAUUCCCUCGCUUUGGAUCAUCCUCCGGCGAGCUCGAGCGCUACAGUGCUGCUCCCAGCGGAGGAGUCGAAAAGGUUAUGUCGGGCGCGCAAGGCGGCCGAGCUAUGGAAGUGGAUGGACACCAGCGGAGCAGCUCGUAUGGGCAAUUUGAGUCCGCGGGCAAGUACUAGCCUGCAUGAGCGGAACAGAACCGCAAUGGCUGGCUUUAUGUGACAAGGGGAUGGUGUUGAUUGCAGUGUUACUCCGGCCUGGCUGGACCGUGCCGAGAGAUUCUCUCCCUGCUGACUGCAUGAAAUUAUGGAAGCGACGGAAGCUAUGAUUUUGAUCCGCAUGGACUGGCGUUGAGACAAUCUUGGAAAGGAGGCAACUCGAACCGCAUUUGGUUAUUUUCCUUUGUUACCAUUUAGGUGUGGAAUUUGAGUUAUUGGAUAGGAGGGGGUCAAACAAGAUACCCUAGUGGUUUGAUGUAUUCGCGCGGAUAGACGUCCUGAGUCUAGGUUGUGGUCUACACAGAUUGGACUUUAUAGCCUCCAUGGCAAACCUAUCGAUGAAGCUAGAUUGAGACAGCGAUAACAACAACAAGAAAUGGUGGCUACAAACUUGAAUGAUUCU